CACAUCAGAGGCCUCAUAAGAUUCCUUGUGUGGAGCCGAGUAGUAGUUAGAGAAAGCAGCUGAAAGAAAUACAUUAAUCAAGACAGAGGAGCGAUUCUUACACGAAUGUUCAGAAUGUGAUUAUUCCACUCCUACAUUCUGUCUGGAGAUACAAUUGAACAUUCAGUAGCAUGCAAGCCGAUUCACAACAUUCAGGACAACUGCAAAAUUUGCAUGGAAAAGAAAGUACACCUGGAAAUGGGACGAGGCAGAACUUUUACCAGAUAUGUUUACCACCUCACACUGCAAGUCCUUCAUAUUCUGGACAAACUGCCACUGGAAAUUACUUCACCUGCACAAUUCAACCAGCAACCAGUGACCAGAUUUUGGCUAGUGGCGUUCAAGCUACCAAAGGCACAAAGCUUGCACAAGAAAAUCAGCUUGACUCAAACCAUACAUUGCCGACAGGAAAACAGGAUUCCCAAAUGAUUCUGUGGAACAUGCCCUCUAAUUACCAGAUAUUCCUACCUGUUAACAACGUAAAUCUACAAGGUGCUCCCAACAAUAAUGGGCCAAACAUGUCACAUUGUGCCUUUAACUCAACUAACAGUUUAUACAUGCAACAGCAAACUACCUCCUCAGCAGUUGGCCCAAAUAAUUUGCAACCGUUUAAAACGAUAGACACUCAAAGUCAUAAUGAAGCUAGAAUAAAUGUGAGCACAAGCAACUUGCAUAGCAGGCAGCACUAUGCAAAUGCUCCUACUAAUUUGCCAAUAGACUCCUCAAAAACAAGGACAAGCUUGCCAUCUGACCUAAAUUAUUGUCCUCCAACAGAAAAUACACAUCAUGGCCAAAGUAGUUUGUUUGGUGGAUACCUUUACCAGUUGUUGUUUGCUGAGAAAUCAAAUAAUGCUAACGUGCAAAUGCUUUCUACCUGUGCACAGAACCUGCAACCGAAUAAUGCUGCUCAGAGAGUUGUUGCCAUUGUCCCGCCAUUGUCUCCGAUAGGAACAGCACCUGUUAAUGUGUUAGACAAAUCUGCUAAUGUGAAAAUGAAUGUAAGCCCUGUGCAAGAGACUGUAGACCAUCAACCAAAUAUUCCACAUCCUCUGGUGACCAACGCUAAUCUGAUGAACCAAACGGGAGAACCAAAUGACCUAACAAGCAAGCAUCAGCGACCAAAGUCAGCAGAGCCAAGGCUGGAUGAUGGCCUUUGCAACGUAGUUGGAGCCGAGAGUCCAGUUUUGGCUAAUGAAUCGACUGACCAAAGUCUCUGUGCAAGUUCGCCGAACCUGAAAUGUGUGGUCGCAGAACAAAACAAGUCUGUUCCAGCUCAAAUGCAAAAUGAACCGGCUGAAAAGACGAAUAAAAACAGUACCGUCAUGGACAAGAAAACAAUUGACCCGGACACUGUUCCUUUUAUUGAAUGGCCAUUAGAUCGAUUGCAGACCUUAAUGGCCGUGAUUCAGCAAAUGGAAAAUGGGGAUCAGAAGAACAUCCACAAAACUGAUCCUGGGAAGGACAUCUUAAAGCUUUACUGGAACGGGGAUACUCGCAAGUUUUCUGAAGCUGUAGAAAGUGGCAUAUAUCAAAGCAUAAUGGAAGAAGUUUAUAUUUACUCUCCGAUGAACGAGCCUGUGAUACUGAGGCAAAUUGUAAAUGAUGCACGUAGCAAAGUCAUCAAGGAUUUUCACGUUUUAAAACACGACGAAGCACCACCGAAGAUGACGUACACGUCGUCCUGGUUGAAUCUUAAUGAAAACGUUGAUGACAUCGACAAGGAAUGUGGUUAUUCUUGGUUCUAUAAGUCUUUUCAAAAUGUCCCCGAACACGAAGCACAAAACUUGGCAUGUGAAGCACCAAGCAAAUUGCAAGAAGCCACUGAAAAGCCAUCAUUGAUUAGGACUAAACAAUUACCAUCAGAGGUGGAGAACAAAGUACCAGCAGACGAACCAACAUCAAACAAUGAGAGUCUACAUGAAAACGUGCCCGUUUCAUUUAAUGGACAAUCUCCACCUGUGACAAACAUCAACUGCUCACCAAAGCAUAAUUGUCAGGUUACAGAACUAACCAACAGUCAGCCAAUUAUUACAAAUUCUCUGGAGGCCAUGGUGGAUUUGGAUGAACAAGGUGUCCCUACUGGAAAGUCAAGUUUGGAUAACCAAUUUGGAACCAAGAGUGUUGUGUCGCCCAAAUCAAAUAGCCAAAGUGACUAUACAAACUCGCCAAAGCCCAUUCAUGUGGUUGCAGAACAACAGGAAAUUGUGUUAUCUUCUCAAAUACAAGUUGGAUCCAGUCAAAAAAUGCUUAAUGACUGUGCCGUUCUUGAUAAGAACGUGAGAUGUGAGACCACGCCAAAACUUAGUCAAGAACCUCCUGUGCACGUGAAUGAAGUGGAGACUGACAAGAUGGAUGCUUCAGCCACUACGGUGAACGUUCUCCCUCAUGACAUGGCUAGACAGUGCUUUGCUAAUGAGAUGAAAGGACAUAAAGUCAUUGCUGCAUUUCCAGACAAGCACGAGGCGCCUUUGUUGAACACACCCCAAGUACUUGACACAAAAUCAACAGAAGAACCGAUAAGCAGGCAGAAGCUAGAGGAGAAAUAUGCCACAUAUUCAGCAUCCAGAGUUCUAGCAUUGCUAUCAGACCAGUAUAAAUCAUCUUUAGCUGAACAUAAUCAGAUUACAGACAAAGUACAACAAGAAGAACAAAUCUCCACUGAGAAAAAUAUGUAUGAUGAGAUUCGUGAGGAAUCUCCUGUUCCCUUGAUUGCUCAGUCUCCACCAGUGAUUGAUAACGUCUCUCCGAAGCUUAAUGAACAACAACCAAAUACUGUUAAUCCACUGAAGGGUAUGAGAAAUCUGGUGAGGACACUGGAAAAACGAGAUGUUUCAUUAAUAAAAUAUAAAAAAUUAAUUGAAAAACAUGGUGGUUUGAAAAAGCAUAAACAGUCAUCUAGAACGUCAAAACUGCACAACAGUUUUGGUAAUAGUGUUGGAGCCCAAAGUCCCAUGUUGACUGAUGAAUCAUCCAGCCAAAGUGACUGCACAAUCGAAGCAUUGACGCUUAGUCCUGUGGUUGAAAAACAGCAGUUUGUUCCAUUAACCCAAGUGCAAAAUGAAUCCAGCGAAAUGAUGCUUAACAGUAAAUUUGAUAAGACCCUAAGAUGUGAGACUGAUCCAAAACCUUGUCAAGAGCUUUCCAUACAAAUCAAUGAUAAGUUUGUUGAGAUGGAUGCUUCAUCUUCUGUUAAGCUUGAUGUUCUCACUCCUGAAGUGGCUAAACAAUGCUUUCCUGAAAAUAGAGGCAUUGCUCCAACAUCAAAGAAUGCAACAUUAAGGCUGGAUGACCCUCUUUGUAAUCGAGCCAAAAGUCCAGUUUUGGCUGAUGGAUCAACCAGCCAAAUUGACUAUGCAAGUCCGCCAAAACUUUAUCCAGUGCUCACAGGACCAUCUCAAAUGCGAAAUGAAUAUAAUGAAGAAAUGCCUGAAAUUGACCGUGUACUCUCAAAUGACUCUGUGAGAUGUGAGACUGACCCAAAACCCAGUCAAGAACUUUCUAUGAACAUGAAUGAAGAGGAGUUUGUCGAGAUGGAUGCUUCAGCUUCUAUUAAGAUUAAUGUUCUCCCUCAUGAAGUGGCUAUGCGAUGCUUUGCUGAUCAGAUGAUGGAAGAUAAAGACAUUGCUGCACGACCAGAGACGAUGCACAAGGCCUGUUUGUUGAAUUCACCCACAGACACUGUAUCGACAAAAGAACAGAUAAACAUGUGGAGGUUUGAAGGGACUGAUGGAGCUAAAAGUCCAGUGUUGACUGAAGGAUCAAUGAGCCAAAGUAAUUGUGCAAGUCCACCAAAACUUGAUUCUGUGAUUGAAGAACCAUCUCAAGUGCAAAAUAAAUCCAAUAAAGAAAUGCCGGAAAUUGACUGUAUGCUCACAGAUGAGAGCGUGAGGUGCGAGACUGAUCCAAAACCUACUCAAGAACUUCCUGUUAACAUGAAUGAAGAGGAGACUGAGAAGAUUGACCGUUUAGACUCUAUUAAGAUCAAUGUUCUCCCUCAUGAAAUGGCUGAGCUUUGGUUUGUUGGCGAGACAGAAAAUAAGGACUUGCAGAAAGACACUACAGUUCAUAAUUCCACUGAGGACCAGGUGAAAGUUCAAGUUCUGGAACUCAAGUCUGAAAAAGAAGUGCUCCUAGAAGAUGUGAAGCCAAAAGAGAGGAAAUAUCCAAGUUCUGGUGGUGAACAGUUGGCUUCUUACUGUUGUCUUGCUAAAUGGUUUCAAACUUUAGAAUAUGGAAAUGGCUCAUUGUGCAUGUGCCAGAAAAAAGCCGAGUUGAGAGAGGAGACUAAAACUGAGGCCCACAGCACAAGUUUAGAGGUGCAGGCUGAAAAAGACAGUCCAGGUGAAUGCGAACGGGUGGAAAUGGAUGCUGCUGCCCUUGAAAGAACCGAUGAUUCUGAAGCCACAGAUGAUUCUGAAGCCACAGAUGAUUCUGAAGAUGAAAACCCAUUGCUGCAUGAUCCUACUACGCACAAGACCAAGAUUGCGAAGGACAUAUCAAGUUCUGAAGAGGUCUCUAAGGCAGAGACUGAAACUUCAGAGCAGAAAAGAAAUGAAUCGCCCACAAAAUGUGCAACAAACAUGACUCCUAUGAAUGAGAUUGAGCAAGACACCCCAGCUCCUGAUUUGAAGACUAAAACAGUAUGGCUUGCACUGUAUGGGUCGUCUUCUGAAAAAGGAAACCAACUAAAGCGAACUAAAAGGUACAAAGAGAAAUCAAGUUGCGAAGAACCCCCAAAAACUCUUCAAGUAACUGUAAGCUCUCACCAGAAGGUUAAAAACAACAGUGAGUCAAAGAAGCGCAAAUGUGUGGAAUCAGAAGAUGAAGAUGCUACUGACAGGAGAGAGCAAAAACGAAGAGUAUCCUUGCAAAAUCUGGUUCAGCGUACAUCCUUGCCCUCGCAUCCUGUUUCUGGACUCAGCAAAAAUAGACUUUCAUCUACCUCAGUCAGAAAACUGCUCAGUCAAAGUGCUAAUGAGAAGAGUGACGUCCAUUUGGCUGAAGGAAAUAAUCGAAAGAGACCACAUAAGCAUACAACGCAACAAAUGUCAAUGAAUAAAUAUAUCAUUAGAGGGAAGACUGUGCCAUCCAAAUUAUUGCAUUCACCCGAGAACGUGAAGAAAAGUAAAUAUGAGUUGGGGAACCCUGCUUUGAUGCCAUUGGAUGAGGGUCCUGCUUUGGAGUUCAAAGUAUUGCCAGAGACUUUUAACUUUGAAGAUGGAGCUCAAGCCGACACAUCAUGGAGUAUGCAAAAUGAGAUGUCAGGCCCAGAAGAAAAAGCCAAAAGGAUGAAAACUAGCCAUGUGCCAACCCAAGGUGUCUGGAGUUUCAGUCCCUUGAAGAAAAAGUGCACUCAACCCAUCCAGGACACUGACGUCUCAGAUUCAUGUAGCCUCUUCCAAGAGUUCAGAAAGAAAUAUCAAGAAAAGAAGGGCAUUGCCUCCAAGCAGAACUUGAAUUCCAGUGAAAGAGCUUGAUUUUUUUUUUUUUUUUUUCUAUUAAAAUGAAAGCAAAUGGGCUUAUUUUGUCAUGUGUUUACUUCCUUGUGAAUGAUAAACCUAAACGGAUACAAACUGCGAGUGUUCAAAUACAUUUUUACUGUUUACUUGAACUUGACUAUUUGUAUUAUAUUAUAAAUGCAUCAUUUGCACACUGGUCAUCCAGAUCAACAGCUGCUAGUCAUCCAGUAUUUGUGUACCAGUUUUAUACAUUAACUGCAUUUCCAAGAAAUAUGUUUGUCAUGAAAGUGUAUUUUUUUUAU